UCAUGGCAUGUCAGUUCAUUUUUGUUAACCGACGGUGAUAAUCAAAUCCUAAUCCCCCAAGCCGCACAAUGAAUCCUUUUACGGUUGUUGCAGUCCUCUCCACCCUGGCCCUGUCGGCUCAGGCGCACUUUGCUGCCGCUCCCGCUCCCCUGGCUGCCGCGCCCUACUUUGCGCCGGCUGCUUACUCUGCUCCGCUGCGCUAUGCUGCUCCGGCUGCCUACUCGGCGGCACCUCUGGGCUUUGCCGCUCCGGCUGCCUACUCCGCACCGCUGGGCUUUGCUCCAGCUGCUCCCUAUGCUGCUCCUCUGGCGUACUCCUCUCCCCUGGUUGCCAAGACCUUCGCCCCGGCUCCAGUUGCAGCUCCUCUGGCUGCUGCCCCUCUGGCUGCUGCUCCAGUUGCUGCUCCUCUGGCUGCUGCCCCCGUCGCUGCUCCCCUGGCUGCUGCUCCAGUUGCUGCUCCCCUGGCUGCUGCCCCGCUGGCUGCUGCUCCAGAGAUCGUCGAUGCUCAUCCACAGUACAAGUUCGCCUAUGAUGUCCAGGAUACGCUGACCGGCGACUCCAAGACCCAGGAGGAGACUCGCGAUGGCGAUGUUGUGCGCGGCUCCUACUCGCUGAUCGAAGCCGACGGCUCGCGCCGCAUUGUUAGCUACUAUGCCGAUGACAUCAAUGGCUUCAAUGCCGUCGUCCAGAAGGAUGUGCCCGUUGUGGCGCCCGUCGCUCCAGUUGCGCCCGUCGUCGCCAAGCUCCGCAGCUUUGCGGCACCAGUUGCUGCGCCCGCUCCGGUGCUCGCCAAGACCCUGGCCGCACCCAUUGUUGUCUAAAUGUGGGCGGAGCAUUAAAAAUGGGGCGUGUCGUCUUGCUUGCGCCUUUGUGUAAAUGGAUUGCACACAGUUUGACAAAGGAUUUUCAUUUGUACAUAUUCGAUUAAUCAUUGUCGUGCUUAUCUAAAAAGAAAACUUUCAUCGUUAACCCAAAAUUAAAUAAAUUACCUAAACAAAUUUGUGAUUCCCAAGCCGA